UCUACACUUUUCAUUUCUUCAACCUCUCUUAUUAUUAUUAUUAAUCUAAUAAUAAAAUCUAGAUUCUUUUUGCAUCUUUUUCCUUACAAAUUUCCUCUUUUUCACACACAGAUCAUCACUCCCCUCUUCAUAUUCACCUUCCAAUCUCCAUCAUCAAACCAAAAAAAUAAAAAAUAAAAAAAAAACCGAUUAAAAACCGAUAAAGUUUUGAUGGGUAAAUUGAUUUCACCACCUGAACUGAAUUUGGAUUUUGGCUUCAUACCCAAAUCGAUUACUCAAUUUUUAGGGGAUAUGGGUCGAAUUGAGAGUGAAUCUGAGAAGAUAUUGAAAGCAGAGGAUCUUGUUAGCAGAUUAGAAUCGGAGGUUAAGAAGAUCGAUGCGUUUAAACGGGAGCUUCCUCUCUGCAUGCUUCUUAUGAACGAUGCAAUUGGUGUAUUGAAAGAUGAGUUAAUGGUGUUGAAGAAAUCUGCGAAUCAGCCGGUACUUGAAGAGUUCAUACCACUUAAGAUUAAGAAAACUUGUGAUGAAGAUCCAAAGGUUGAGACCGAUUCCGGUGAUAAGAGGAAUUGGUUGAGCUCUACUCAGCUAUGGAACGCGAAUCAAAACCAUGUUCCGAAACAGAAUUCAGUGGAUCAAGCAAUUCAAAAGAUAGCCGGAGAACAACGAAACGCAAUGAUUGAUGAUUCGUAUCAUGGGAGUUUCGCAAAAGAGUUCAUCCCCGUUAAGGGAUACUCGCGGUUUUCGGUUGGAGAUAAAGAGGAAACACCUGUUUCUGGGCUUUCUCUUGUUACUCCUGGAGUCAAGAAUCCCGUGAGGGGAAACCAUUUUCUCAAGAAACUAGUUGCUGAUAGUAAUAUUAAUAAUAAUCUGGGUCCAUAUUCUAUACCGGAUGUUAAAUCAGAUAUACCGAUUGGUUCACCACAACCGCAGACAUCUAGGAAACAAAGAAGGUGCUGGUCAACCGAGUUGCAUAGACGUUUUGUCGAUGCGCUGCAACAACUUGGUGGUUCAAAAGUAGCAACGCCCAAGCAGAUUAGAGAACUUAUGCGUGUAGAUGGUCUCACCAAUGAUGAAGUGAAGAGUCAUUUACAGAAAUACCGUCUUCAUACAAAACGGUUUCAGUCGUGCAACGCAGACUCGAAUUCAUCAAAUGUUGUUUCGAGAGGUUUAUGGGGCCAACCACAUGGUUAUUAUGUCGAAAAGCAUAUGAAUUCUCAAUCCGGUUCUCCGGAUGGGCCGCUGCUGAACUGCGGUGGAACUUCGACCACUGGCGGCGACAGCAUGGAUGAUGGAGAAGAUGAGAAAUCUGACAAUAAUGUAUAGAUUUUUAUAUAUCUAUAUAGAAAAAUAGUAUAUUUGAGGGAAGUUACUAAUGAAUGUGGGAGAGUUUAUAAAAGAUAAAAAAAUACAAAAAAUAUAUACAAAAAGAGUGAAAAUUUUGCAGGAUUAGUUGAUUUGUUUUACUUAUCUUGAUCUGAGUUGAUACCAUUUUCUUAGAUUUAUGUGAGGAAACAUCAUGAUUCAACAAUGCAUUAUUUAAACAUGUUACUCCCAGAUGAAAUCUUGAAUCU